AUGUCUUCUGUCUCCGACAACGCGAACACUCUGCUUGAUAUAAAGGGUUCCUCUCCCCAAGAGAAUAGGACCAUCAAAACAGUAGGGUCCGAACCAAUCAUUGAACUCUAUUCUCGCGAGAAGUUUCCUUACAUCAUUGAAGUCGUCCAGAAACCUUACCAGAUUCCAGAAGGCGACGAGGAAUGCAUUUGUCCGGAAGGCUUUCUCCUGUCAGGAUGCAUAUGCUAUGGGAUGUUUGAUGCUAACACUUUGAAUGUGACGUCAUCCCAAGAAGCACAGGACGCAUGCGCGUCAUUCAUCCCCGGCGGCCAUCUUCUGAGUCUGACUUCGUUGCAAGAAAUGGAGACGAUAGCUUACUUCCUGCGGUCGGUAUGGUGGGACUUUACCGUCAGGCAUGAUUGGAUAUACACAGACGUGAUAAAAGAAAACCAGAUGUUUUCGUUGAUGAGGGGCAACCCCGGAAAAGGGUAUGAAACACAUUUCUCUGCUCGGAAUUCACCUCCUCAUCGAACAAGUCGAAAAGACGGCCUGGCUAAUGAGGGGGCACCAUCUUUAGGAAACACAACAAAUUGCGGGGUGAUACGGAUUGACAGGCUUCGUCUGCUGCAGAAUAGCACGUUGUUUCUUGUUCCUUGUGGACUUUGGAGUGACGGUGACUCUGACUCAAAGUCUGGUUCGACAAGUGUCGGGUUCGGAUGCGAAGCUUCAGCAAGAAGAAUUAGAGGCCUUCAAGCUCAGUACAAAGAUGACGAAGUGCACACGUGUCCUACAGGAUAUUACAGCUGUAGAGGUCAACCAGAAUGCGGGAUUCAGCAUGACAGGUCCGAGCAAGUCUCUGUCGAGGAUAAAGAAACAUUCUGUGGAGAGGAAGCUUGCCCACACGGAUGGUUUUGUUCCAGGCAUGUGGCCUCGUACAUCGGGAAUAAGUCCGCUAUUGUUGACCUGUCGGUUCUUCCGAACAAAUUCAAGGCGAUAGAUGUCGACCUAUCAACGGGGAAAGUAAACCUGCAUGAGAACUCACUUCGGGGAAAUCCGAAUGUAAUAUGGUUACAAUUUAAAAGACAACCUGGUCGUAAAGACUACGUAGGCCUGUACAUAUCUUUUCUUUCUAACCUAACUAACUUACGAUACAUAGACAUAUCGAGGUACUGUUUGUAUUCAUCCGAGGUGAGAAUCUUAGAGCAAUUCAAGCACAUGCAUCACCUGGGCUUGUCCUGCGCGUGCAUCAGUGACAACUCCCCACUGGGGUAUUAUCCUAAUCUCACGUAUCUCGACUUGUCACUGAAUACAUUCAUUGAUAUCAGAGUAGCACAACGGCAUCGUCAACUUCGUCAUCUGAAUCUCUCCGAAGUUUAUUUUGGUACAGAUUUUCAACCGCUCACACAUUUGCAGCACCUACAAGAGCUUGACAUCACAGGCUGCACUUCAAAGGUUGACUUGACAUUCAUUACUUCUUUAACCAACUUACGUCUCCUGGUCAUAAGCAGACUGGACAUCUAUGACAUUCAACCACUAGAGCAUCUGAAACAUCUGGAAUAUCUCGACAUCUCCCGCAACUUUAUAAUCAGACUGGCCCCACUCUCUGGACUUUUUAAUCUCCAUGUUCUCCUUGCCUCCACAAACCUUAUCAUUGACGCAUCUCCUUUAGCAAACCUUUCUAAUCUACGUCGGGUUGACCUGUCCAACACUCUCGUCAGUACCACCGGGCCAGCCGACCAGGCAGAGUAUUCUCUCGAUCUGUCAGGCAAAGUCAUGAAUGAUCCAUCAGGACUUUUCUUGGAGCAUCCGCACAUCCGUGAUCUUAUCCAUGUAAAUGUGAGAUCGAUUGAUUUGAACCUAUCGAUGAACGGGGUAAGUUUUUGGAGAGAGUCGCCAGUGUAUUUUUAUGAAAAGAUCCGCCGUCUUGAUCUUUCACACAACCCGUUCAACUUUGCGGGGACGAAAAGGUAUAAGGAUACAAUGGAAUACUUUUUAUGUCGACUAGCGAAUCUGGAAUCGCUUGACAUAUCGCACAAUGCUCUCGACAGCCUAUUAUCAAUGACUUGUCUUGAAAAACUGACUCACUUAGAUCUAUCGGGCAAUAUGCUCACUGAUAGAAAUCUGGCAAAGGUUGGUGAACUUGUGAAUUUGACCUUUUUGAACCUAGCCAAAAAUAAAUACGUCACUGACCUGUACCCCCUGGAAUCUUUAACCAACCUGCGUUAUCUUGAUAUCUCCAUCAACUUCAUUCGCGAUUUGGCCCCCUUGUCACAGAUGGAAAAUCUCGCAGAGCUGAAUGUUUCAAAUAACAUGAUAAACGACACCUCUGCUCUUCAGAAUCUGACCAAGUUACUCAAACUUGAUACGUCGAAUAACCAGUAUAUCGAGGAGAUGCAACCUGUCGAUGUGUCAGGGAGGAAUCUAACGUGGUCUGAUAUCCGCGAGAACAAGGUCCCUGAGCUCACUGAAGAAAGACUCUCCAGACACCCUGUCUAUCUCAACCUCUCAGGCAAUUCGCUUCGCACCCUCAAUACUAUCUUAAACAUGCCAAACAUACAUGGAUUAGAUAUCUCACGUCAGCGCCAACAAUUCUUUGGCCGUAUCGUGAAUUCAUUAAAGUGGAUUGAUUCCCUGAAACUGCCAAACCUUAAGGUUCUCAAUGCUUCUGAUAACGAAAUUUCUAAUUUGAAUGUAUUUACGUCUUCGGAAUACAGAGACACACGCCUGCAUCGUUUAGUCUUAGCGAACUGUAAAAUCGUAGACAUCUCCCCACUUGCGAAUCUAAGUCGUCUGCGACACCUUGACUUAAGGGGGAAUAGAAUCAAGGAAUCGACGCCAAUAACCAACAUGAACAGUUUAGAAUAUCUCAACUUAGCCAGAAAUCUUAUCGACAACAUUCCACAGCUUAUAAAGUUGUCUGAUCUUCGCUUCUUGGACCUUUCACUCAAUAGAUUGACCUCCCUUCCCGCUUACUGUCUUCAGGGUUUGGUGUCACUGGAGUUUCUCUACCUGUCUGGGAACCCACUGGGCAAAGUAUCUUCUCUCGCCUUCAGAGCGGAUCGUUUAUGGUGGCUCUCAACUUCUGACCACGAUGAUCUGACACCUCAGGGGAUCGCUAAACACCGUCACGGCCCCUACAGACUGCGACACCUCGACCUAUCAAACUCUAGUUUACAUGAAAUUGACGACGAUUCUUUUGAUAACUUAGAAAAUCUACGAUCACUUGAUAUUCGAUCCAACUAUUUAGAGGUCACUUCGAUCUCUGCUGUGUUCUCCUCACUCGAUCUUAACAUCCUCCAAACAGACACUUUUUCAAUCUGCUGCGCGGCUAAAGACCACGUCCGAAACUGCACCCCACUCCCAGACGAGUUUUCGUCCUGCUCAGACCUGAUGGCCCGGGAGGAACUCAAGACCGCAAUCUGGCUCCUAGGAUUUUUAAGCAUCUUCAGUAAUGUCCUUGUCAUUGUAUUUCGUUCGAAAACCAUAAAAUCAAACACGGUUCAAAAGAUCCUUAUCAUCAACUUGAGCGUUUCUGAUUUUCUUAUGGGAGUAUACUUGAUUAUCAUUGGUUCAGCUGAUGUUCACUUCAAAGAUGUCUACUAUCUGCACGAAGCUGAAUGGCGGCAGAGUCCAAUGUGCGCAUGCGCUGGAGUCUUCAGCCUCGUGUCAAGUGAGAUGUCUGUGUUUACCUUGGUGUUUAUAACUUGUGACCGUGUCUUGGCCAUCGUUUUCCCCUUCAGCGGUUUAAGGACCACCAGCAAAAGGUUGAUAAUCACCUUAUCUAUCGCGUGGAGUCUGGUUGUUGGUCUGGCGUCACUUCCUCUGCUGUUAGGGGGCGUGUUUGAUACUUUCUAUGGUAGAAAUGGUGUUUGUCUUCCCUUUGGAAUCUCCCAGGGCAUCUCGCUGUGGGAACACGACAUGCUAAACCUCACAGUUCUCACUAUAAAUCUCAUCGGCUUCAUCAUUAUCCUCUUUGGCUAUCUGGCAAUCUAUCGUACAAUUCGUAAAUCAUCGCACCGAAUGAAAGGUUUUCAGCAAGACAGUGGCGUAAACAAGGAGGUGAAGUUCCUUAAGAAGAUGUCGCUGAUCGUCAUGACAGACUUCCUUUGCUGGGUCCCCAUCAUAGUAUUGAAAUUCCUAGAGUUUCGUGGAUUAAAGAUACCACCGGAGGUGUCCGCAUGGACUGCAGUCUUCGUUCUUCCGCUCAACUCCGCCAUUAACCCUUUCCUAUACACCAGUGAAAUUAUCGGCUUAAUGUCAAGGCGAUUUCGUAGCUCACAAUCUGAUGCGAGCACUAAAAGCAGUCGAGUUGCAGUGAAGUGAAUAUCUUUCACUCCGCCAGAAUCUUUUUCUUUCAUACUUGAUGGAUCUGUUGUAAGUUAGCUGAAGUCGUUUCGCUUCGACAAUUGGUGCAUCUGAUUCAUAGCAAAGCCACUAGAGGGCGUAAUGCGAAAACACAGUGCAACAGCUCGUUAAACAACUGCCCCAGCUCGAUGAAUUUUUCUGGCAGGUACCGCUUGUGAGGGGCAUAUGAUAAAUCAUAAAUCAUAUGCAUUUUGACCUUGACCUUUCAAGGCCACAGAGGUUGAAGUUCUUGUCAUAUUUAGUAUAAACAAUUAAGCUACUUCUGAUCCCAAAAGCAUGUAACAAAACGUUGGCAGCAAAAUAAAAUUUGUCUUUUUAAAACUUAUGUUAUAAAAUUUAAAUGUGUUAAAUUUCAGUAGGCCUAUCGUGUAUGGUUGAUGUGAGACGUUGUUAAUGUUAAAGUGUGCUGUGGUGUAAAACCUUAAUAGACCUUAAGUGUAUUAUAGAUGUGACACGUUGUUUAAGUGUGCCUAUUGUGUAAAGUCAUUAUAGACCUUUAGUGUAUAAUAUAUGUGACAUGUCGAAGAGUGCUAAUGUGUCAAAUCAUUUCAGACCUUA